AUGGAGCGAAAUAAUUGUACGAGGGAUGCAGUAGUACCAAGUUGUGGGAGACCUUUGGGACUUACCUUUGAUAGGAAAACAGGAGAUAUAUACAUAUGUGAUGGUUACUUUGGACUCAUGAGGGUUGGACCAGAGGGAGGCUUGGCCGAGUUACUUCUUGGUGAUGUCGAAGGUCGUAGCGUAACGUUUGCGAACCAAGGGGAUAUAGAUGAAGAGGAUGGUAUCUACUACUUCAAUGAUAGCAGCGAUCAAUACCAUUUCGGGGAAGUAUUCUACGUGUCUAUAUCCGGUGACAAAGUGGGAAGAGUAGUUAGAUACGACAUAAAGAAGAAAGAGGCCAAAGUUAUAAUGGACAAACUUCAUUUACCCAAUGGUUUAGCUGCAAGCAAAGACGGAUCGUUUGUAGUCAUCUGCGAAGGUGGUACAAGCAUUCUCCACAGAUUAUGGGUCAAAGGUCCUACAGCUGGGACUAGCGAAGUUUUCGCAAGAGUUCCAGGUCUUCCGGACAAUAUCAGGCGUACACCUUCGGGAGAUUUCUGGGUCGCAUUACAUUGCAAAUACAAUUUCUUCACUCGUUUGUUUCUUAGUCACUCCUUGAUCGGGAAGACUGUGAUGAAGAUAUUGAAGAUGGAGACUGUGAUUCAUCUCAUGAACGGAGGAAAACCUCAUGGAAUAGUUAUGAAACUCUCUGGAGAGACCGGGGAGGUUCUUCACAUGCUUGAGGACAGUGAAGGGAAGACGAUGAAGUAUGUUAGUGAGGCUUAUGAGAGAGAAGAUGGAACGUUAUGGUUCGGGUCUGUGUAUUGGCCGGCCGUUUGGGUUAUGAAUACAUCGGUCUAUGAUCGCAAAUGAGGUAACCUAAUUAACACGCCAAGGAUGAAAUAAAAAAGAGUCACUUAGUUGUGUGA